AUGAUUCCCUUUUGCCAUUUGGGAAGCUCUGCUUCUCUUAUGAAGAGUAAACCCCAAUUAUACAUGCCUCUUCUCUCUUCCUUUCACUCUCUUCCCCAUCAUCCAUUGCUCUACUUCCCCACCAAAUCUAUUCCUUCAUAUUUCUCUCUCUCUGCAACUGCCAGCUGCCAUGAUUCUUCUCCUCUGACGCAUGGGUCGAAGAUUGAGAGGAUCAGGGAGAUGUUUGAGCAUGUAAAGCUCUCUGUAUCGGCAUAUGAUACGGCCUGGGUCGCCAUGGUCCCAUCUCUCUCUUCCUCUAAUGGCUCUUCUCCUCUGUUCCCUGAGUGUUUAACAUGGGUGUUGGAGAACCAAUUUCCGAAUGGCUCUUGGGGCCUCUGUAACAACCAUCCUCACCUCAUCAAAGACUCACUCACUUCUACACUGGCCUGCAUUCUCUCUCUCAAAAAAUGGAAUAUCGGCGAGGAUCAUAUCAAUAGAGGGUUGGAUUUCAUUGGGUCUAGUACCAAGUUUGCUGAUGAUGAGAACCAGCUUUCCCCAAUUGGGUUUGAUGUUAUCUUUGGGGGAUUGCAUGGAAAUGCCAUAGAAUUGGGAUUGAAUUUACCUUUCUCUACCCAUUUUAUUGAAGCCAGGCUACUUAAACAUAGUUCUGAAAUUCGAAGGAUAUCUGGAAGCAAUAUUGAGAGAGACAAGGCCUAUCUAGCUUAUAUUUCAGAGGGAUGUAGCAAAUUACUUGAGCAGGAUAAGGUUUUAAAAUAUCAACGGAAUAAUGGUUCUCUAUUUACUUUUCCAUCAACCACCACAGCUGCCUUCGUCCACUUCCACAAUUCUAAAUGCCAAGAUUACUUGCAUCAACUCUUAAAAACGAUUGGCAAUGGAGUCCCUGCAACUUAUCCUUUGGAUAUCUAUACCCGUCUGUGCAUAGUUGACUGUGUUGAGAUAUUGGGAGUUGCAAGGCCUUUUGGGGAUGAAAUUGGCGUAAUUCUGGAUGAUACUUAUAGAUGCUGGCUAGACAAUGACGAAGAGUUAUUUUCAGAUAUUUCAACAACUGCUAUGUCAUGGCUUCUUACAAUGAAUGGCUAUGAUGUUUCCUCUGAUGCCUUUGGUCAUUUCAACGAAGAGAAUCUUUUCCCCAGCCAUGAAGAAGGCAACCAUACUAUUAUGAAUACAGUUCUAGAAAUGCACCGAGCUUCACAGAUCAUGAUACUCCCCAACGAACCAGUCUUGGAAAAAUUACACUCAUGGUCUAGUCAUUUCCUGAAGCAACAAUUGAUCAAGAUGGAAAAGGAACCAGCUGUGGUUGAUCAAGACAUUACUAGAGAGGUGAAGCAUAACAUCAUGUUUCCGUACUACUCCAUGUUGGAGCGCCUUGAGAAUAGGAGAUAUAUUGAGCAAUGCGGUGUUGGCAAUAUUAGGAUUGCAAAAACAGCAUUAAGUAAGCUCUGGAAAUCACCCCAGACCAAUGACAUUAUGCUAAUAUCAAUGCUGUUGAUAACCUUUCCGCGUAUACUAGCUUUGAAGAAGGAAAUAUCUUUUGACUUUCAAUGUAAUGUAUAUAGGAGGGUGAAAGAAUGGAGAUUGGACCAACUAAAGUUUGCUAGGCAGAAGCAGACUUUUUGUUACUUCUCUGCGGCAGCCACUCUUUUUGAGCCUGAUUUAGGUGCAGCUCGAAUGUCAUGGGCCAAAAACGCGAUUCUCUCUACUGUGAUAGAUGACUUCUUUGACAUAGGUGGCUCAAAGGAAGAACUUGAGAACUUUAUCGAAUUGGUUCAAGGAAGCAGCUAUAUGAUGAUGAUAAAUGGAAUUACAGAAGUAUUUGCUCCUCAAGGAUGUGAUGUAAAGCAUCACUUAAUAGAGAUCGUGAGAAAUUCUUCGAACUUAUUUGAUAUUCUUCUUAUUGUAACUUUAUUAUUUACUUCUGGAAAGCAUUCUGUAGUCCAAUGGACAACGUGGCUUAGGUUACUUUAUUCAAUUAUGAAGGAGGCGGAGUGGUCAAGAAAUGAGAUUGUGCCAUCAUUGGAUGAAUAUAUCAAAAAUGGUUAUGUAUCAUUUGCUUUAUGGCCCAUCAUUCUCCCAGCUCUAUAUUUUGUUGGGCCAAAACUCUCAGAGGAAGUAGUCACUCAUCUAGAGUACGAGAAUUUACUCCGUCUAAGUAGUAUUUGUGGGCGCCUCCUCAAUGAUAUCCAAGGUUUCGAGAGAGAGAAAAAGGAAGGGAAAUUGAAUAGCAUUUCAUUGUUUACGAAGGAUAUGCAUGGUGCUAGUGAAGAGGAGGCCAUGAAACACAUGAGGGGUGUGAUCGAUCGACGUAGAAGGGAGCUGCUCCGUAAGGUCGUGUGUGCUCGUGGGAGUGUGAUUCGGUGUUGUAAGGAUCUGUUUUGGAAGAUGACAAGAAUACUUCACCUUUUCUACUCAACAAAUGAUGGGUUUACAUCUCCUCAUGAAAUGUUGCAUUCUGUAAAUGCAAUCAUCCAUGAACCCCUGGUUCCUUUGGUAAUCUCUUGUGAUGAGGCUCACAGUCCUACAACACCAGUUUGCCCAUAA